CACUUUGUUUUAAAAUGGUGACCUUCCGCAAGGCAAAUAGCCUGUUAUUGUUGAUGUUUUGUUCUGGGUUGACGAUUCUUCAUCUCCCCACGACGUCGAAUGCUUUCCAAUCCAAAAUCCCCACCAAGAAUAGUGUGUUUGAAGGUUUGCAUAUUUCUGGGGACAACUGGCGACGCAAAAACGUCGGAGAGGAAAGGCAAUCGAUUUUCAACUCAAACGGAACGGGACACUAUAAUCAGUACCAUGCGACAAAGAUAUCCGCCGCGACGACGGAUAACGAGAGUCAAAGUGAGGAAGGACAAGGAUUAUUGAUAGGAACUCUUGUCCUCUUAACAGUACCACUGUCAUGGGGAACUUAUGUGCCUGUUGGUAAGUUGUGCAGGUAUGAAAAAAGUUUCGGUAGAAAAUGGACUGAUCAUUCUUCCGUUUUGCUGCAUAUCUCACUCUGGUCCUGACUUCUAUUGCGACGCCUCACUCUGCUCCACAACAUUCGAAUUUAGUCCGAUACCUAUAUGCCAUUAAGCCAGCAGUGCCGGGAUUCGUGUUUUCUGCUUGCUAUUACACUUUGGCUGCCGCAACCACAACACUUUUAGCUCAACGUCAGUUGCAGUCGCAAGCACAACCGACAUCGACCACAGUCUCUUCCGACAACAACGAGGAGGGGCUUGACACGAACAAUGAUUCCACAAAAGCUUCGUUUUUCUCUCUAAAUAAAGGCGGUCUCGAGCUGGGUUCGUAUCUUUUYGUCGCGAACUGCCUCCAAGUAAUUGGAUUGCAAACAGUGGAAUCCGAUCGAGCUGGAUUUCUCGUCCAGCUCACCACCGUGAUGGUUCCAAUCUGCGAAGGCCUAUUUGCAGGUAAUAUCAUGCUGAUUCCAGCUCGCACAUGGUUUGCUUGCGUCAUGGCGUUCCUUGGCCUCUGUAUUAUGGGAUUGGAUGGCAAACAAACGGAUGCCAUCGAUGCCUGGACCAGCGGCAACCCUUUGGAAACGUUUCAAGUUGCAGCGAGUAGUCUUUCACAAGGSGAUUCGCUCAUCCUAGGCGCAGCGGUUCUUUACACGUUGCACGUGGUCCGACUUGGYACWUAUGCACGACAAACAACACCGAUGAAACUCGCAGCGUCGAAAGCCACAACCGAAUCCAUACUGAGCUUCGGAUUGAUCUUUCUCUUGGUGGGUUUGUCGACCUUACAGGAGUCCUUUCACCUCUUGGGAGAUUCUGCAAGUAUCGAGGGCUUAUUGAAGUUCUCGUUGGAUACGGGACGAGAAAUAACGUCGUUCUUUUCUUCAUUCUCYGCCGGCAUCUCGGAUGGAAGUAUCACGACGUCGGUUCUGCUUCCAGCAUUUGGUUCGAUAUUAUGGACAGGUACGUGGAAACCAACCCAGAUAAAGAUUGUACCGAAAGUGGUUACUCUGUUGGGUUGUGUAUUCCUUAGUACAAAUUCAUCUUCUCUCUUACAACAACACUCUAUUCGCUAUGGCUUAUUGAAACGAAAAUAACCCCUAUUUUUUAGGUUGGAUAACGUGUGCAUACACAAUUUGGGCUCAAAGCUUUGGACAGUCCAAAGUCAGGUAAGUUGCUAYUACAAAAGUAAAGGCGCCAAUAGCAAACGCAUCGGCAUGGUAGGCCAGWUCGCAUUUGGUCGAUUUCGCGAUCUCACACAAAUUAUCAUAUUGCUUAGCCCUACGAGUGCAAAUUUGAUUUAUACGUUUCAACCGAUCUUUACCGCAUUGUUUGCCUACGUAUUACUAGGAGAGAAAAGUGAGUUGAAUCUUCGUUGUUUAUUUGCUUGUAUUUGCAUGGUUUCCUUUUGCGACAAAGCUCACAACUUUGAAUGCAAUCCAUUGAACUUUUCAUCAAUGCAACAUCCGCCCAAUCAAAAAUAAAGUGGGCUCGGUUGGCUUUUUGGGAGGUGCUAUAAUAGCUUCAGCCGUUUACAUUGUGGCAUCCAACGAUGGGGAUAAUGGCAAAAAUGCUAUCGAGCAAGAGUAAUCGCAAAAUACUCAACCGCAGUAACUUUAUCAUCUAUUUUAAUAAGUCUAUUUGGGAGAGACCGGUAGUACAUAACACACGAAAGAUUCUUACAAAAACAACAAACAGGAGUUAUAUAGUCAGCAACAAGUGGUCUUCAUGCGUGCAAAUCGCAGCAAUCAUGAGGACUUUUAAGGUUGCUACUACAGAACUAGUAGUAGUACUACUAGAUAUUAAUGCUGCUGGCGUGCAAUAGUAAGACUCAAAAAUCUACUACUAGGACUACUACUAGUACCACCACCAGGACCAGCCUUUUAACUUUAGGUUAAUUUGAUUAUCUCGGCCACUACUACUAUGAAUUAUGCUGACAGUAAAGUAUGGUAUUGCUGCUACAAGAAUAUAAAACAGAGAAUGAUAUUAAAAUGUGACUUCGAGUUUGUAGCAGCAGUCUACGGUAUGAACAUUAACAAAGAGCACUGAGCAGUUGUCCGUUCCAACAGUAGGUUACAAUCGACUCACUCGACUCAACGCUUUUUCUCGAGCAGCGCUGGCUCGCAACGAGCMAUUUUUGAAAUUUCGAAAACGGCCAGCUACAAAUUUAGUUACUUACGGGUUAGGUGAGAGAAAAGUACACGUAAUCGCAAUUGUGCUCGCAAUUCCCAUCUUGAUGGAACCUGAUUUACCKGUACUCGUACGGUAAGGCACCCUAGUGGAAAGCAACUCCGGUCUUGAUGUGUACGAGUACGAACUCUUGCCUCUACCGGUACAAGAAAACAAUACUGCCUCGCGUCAAAGUUUCACUCUCAAAAACUGUUUCGCCUCUUUCUCAUUUUGACUGGAAUCGCUUCGUGCCUCCAGGACUGCGUUUGCCAUGGCGACCAUCAACGGACUUUACGAGCUAGCUAGGAGGCCUAUCAAGAACGGCAAUGGCUGGUUCGAUUCGCUCCCGUCCCUGCCCGACUUUAGCGACGAGUACGAGCUCGURAGAGACACGGCGGGCACUUUGAUCAGCAACACAUACGACGAGAUCGAGCAACGGUUGCCCGAUGAUCUGAAGAACAAUUAUUUUGUCUUUGAAGACCAGGUCGGCGAGUCGUUGGCCGUGAUUGGCUUGGGCGAUGUGCGGCCGCGAACCGUGAUCAAGUGGRCUGCRUACCUUUUGGUUCUGUCCAUUGUUGUGCUGAAAUAUGUGUCCAAAAUGAAACGACGCCGCCGGCACAAGAUGCUCUACGGAAACAAUGCGUUCCCGCCAUUCACCAAAGCUAGCAUGGCGAAGACCGUCUCCGCACUAGUUACCAACUCACAAUCCCCCUGGUUUUUCAAGAARUGUUCCGAAGAUAUCAACUCAUCGGUCUUUCGCUUGAGGUUGCCCUUUGUCAAGGCACCSAUGGUCGUCGCUGUUGGAGAUUUGGUUACCGCAAAGGAGAUUCUGCAGGAUCCCUUGACGAUGAAAUCCGAAUCACACUUUUCUUCCGUCAGCUCUAUUGCCGGAGGUCCAAACAUCAUCACGUCGGAAGGACCCCAGUGGAAGAAAUCUCGAAAGGCUGUGUCUCCUGCCUUUAUGAAGAAGCACCUUGACAGAAUGCAUCACGUAUGUAGGGAGGAAACGGAGGACUGGAUCAACAACAAACUGAAACGAUACAUCGAUAAGGACAAAGACUUCGAUAUCGGCAAGGAAAUGAUGCGCCUGACRCUGUCGAUUUUGUGCAAGGCUGCAUUUGAUUACGAUACCGAAGUGGACGAGAGAGCCGCCAUWGCAUCAGAGCUUGAGAUUGUGACGAAGGAGUUUGGUUACGACGACAUGAACCGUCCUGUCAGGGUCAGAUUUGGCAUUCUUCGCUCAUCGACGCGUCGCGCGAGACUGGCCCGGACCAGGAUUCAGGACUUUGCCAAGAAAAUCCUGCACUCGCACCGAAAGAAGAAACAAACGGAAAACAGCACCGCGGUCGAUGGCAACGAAACUAUUUUGAGYUGCAUCGUCAAGAGCAGAAAGUACGAAGACGAUUCGCGAAGAAUUUCCGACAUUGUGAUGUUCCUGUUCUCGGGCGUGGAGAACACGGCAUACUCUCUGGCAUGGACUCUGUUCGAAUUGGCACGAAAUCCCAGGGURGCAUCGGAGCUGAACAGUGCUCUGAACGGAAACAACGACAAGCGCGCCCAAGAAAUGCUCAAGGACGUCCUUCGCGAGGGAAUGAGGCUUCGUCCACCCCUYCCCAGCAUCGGGCUCCGCACCGUUGGCAGGGAUUUCUACAUGGAAGACAGGUCCAUCGUCAUCCCCAAGGGUUCGCAGAUCAUUGUUCCCUCUCUCGUGACAACACGGUUCGACGUGGAGGACGCCGAGUCCUUCCGCCCGUCSCGCUGGAGGGACCACCCGGACAAGUCGUUCCUGUUGUUUUCGACGGGCCGACGAAACUGCGUCGGCCAGUCCCUCGCGCUCGCAGAAAUCACGUGGGUCUUGUCGCGUCUCUGCGCCAAGUUCGAGUUCCACGUUGUCGACGACGGCGCUAUCGAAUACUGCGGGGCCACCAUGAAGUGCCUCGGCACGCGCCUGAAGGCCAAGGUGGUCCCGAAACACCUGUAAUCGCUCGUCUUCUGCGACGACCGAUUCCAGCUUAUUAUCAGGCCAAACACAAGCGAACAAACGGGGUGCACAACAUAAUAAGUUUUYAAUAAAAAGAGAAAAGCCGAACGAAACACUUUAGUCGGCUGCAUUGGACAAWGAAUAACAGCUAAAACAGAAUGAUUACAAACAACCGAGGCCAAAGCGCUCUUGAUCUUCUCGUAUAAGGUACAKUCGAGAAAAACAUCGGCCUUCAUUGGCAAGAGAAGAGAAUGGUGUAUUCCCUACUACUGAAACAUCGUUAUUACUAGUACAUCCUACUUAGUACAAUGUUUGUAUUACUUUGAUGAGACAACCUUUUGCAGGUUUUUGAGGGUCGAUCACCAUGCAGUGAUUCACGCCUCGCGGAACGAAMCGGUGAGGGCUCAUUCGACUGACUCGAUCCAACGAGAAGAAAUAGAKUAGAUACAUUGCUACUGUACCUACAUAAGAUACGAAGAAUACAUCAAUAUAGUACUGUACCCAUCUGUCCACGCGUUCGCUUUUUUCUUCCUUCCUUCUUUCUUCAACAUGAGAAAUUCCUUCCUUUCCCGUUGACAGGCAGCUGAUCCGUGGGCGGGUUGUGCCAAUCAAAACAGUCGUGGAUUUCUCGUUUUCUCGGGGAUUGAUUCGAAUUCGGCAUUGCCGGACAUCCCGUGUCACCAGCAUAUCCACGGUACGAGUAAAGUAGUCGGAAUCCGAACAAGAACAAGAAGACGACGCUCCCCCUUGUGUCAUUCGAAAGCAUUGCGCCGAUCCAGCAGCACCCAAAGGAUACCSSAACAAGAACCAACGCUGCAGCAACGCRWCGCAACGSAACGCAUACUCCACAACACACCAGACUCCACAUCRCUCUMCCUCCCGCCGCCAGAGACGUUCCACCAUGGGCGARAAGACCGGGGUUCGAARCCCCCGAUGGCUGCUCGGGUGGGCUGCCUGCACCGCCGCGCUGGGCUYYAUCGCGGCCGCCGACGCUCUGAUGCUCCCGCMGAAYUCCUUAAAGGCCAAGCUUGGGUCUCGGAUGCCCUCCGCCCUGCUUGUCUCCCUCUCUUCCCCCCCGCCGGAGCAGCCGGGACGGACGGGUCUUGAGAAAGCAACGCAGCGGAAGAGGCAGAGGCCGGCCCCGGAGCAAGCCGCGGCGAGGGAUCCCUCGUGCUACGUCCGCUGGAACCGCAAGGGGGACCUCUGGCAGAUGCAGACGGCUCUGACCACCUUUCGGCGUGGGUCGGACGGGAAGGUCGUCGAGCUCCACGCCCAGCAGCACUUUGGCGACGAGCACUACUUUCGGUACUGGAACUCGGACGUGCGCUUCAACGACCGGCACGACUGCGUCCUCUUUGAGCUGCUGGUCGACGAGGACCUCCUGGAGGAAGGAAGGGGAGGGGACCAGAGGGUGACCAAGCCGGUGAUGGCCUCGGAGAGCGACGAGCGCCUCGGACGCAACCUGGACCUGGUCUGCCAGGCCUCGGUCCUCGACUACGCCCGGUCGGACAAGUGGGUCCACGCCGAUCUCUCGAGCCAGGAGUUUCGCGGGAAAGUGGCCAGCCGCCAAACCAGUGGCAGCAGCAACGGCGACAAGAACAACCACCAGGACGAGACCACCCCCCUCUGGAAACUCGCCUCGGCCGGGUCCUCCUCCGCCGCCGCGGAGGCCGUCGCGGCACUCGUGGCCGGCCCGCCCGCCCUCGAGCUCGCGGCCGGGAGCCCCCGGAAGCGCCGGCUCUUYACSAAUCUCUUYCUGCCSGGGGGCAGGCUCGCCUCGGGCAUGCGGGCCCUCCUCUGGACGACGGUCCCCUCCCCGGAGCUCUCGGUCGUCCUCCUCGACUGGUCCAGCCUGCUGGGGGGCGGCUCCGGCCCGGGGGCCCUCUCGAGCGUGGCCCUCCCGGUGCUGACCAGCCUCGCCCGGCUGGACCUCGGCCGGGUCCGGCGGUUCCUGCUGGGCCAGCAGGUCCUGGUCUCCUCGAGAACCAACGCGGGGCCGGACGCUUCGGCCGCAUCGCCAUCGCCAUCGCCAUCGCCAUCGCCAUCGCCAUCGUCGGACUCGUGGUCCCUCCUGGUCCUCGACCGAAACGACCACGCCCUCGGGGUCCUGGACCGAAAGCUGGGGGACCCGGGCGUUCGAUCGGCGGCCCUGCUCUACGGGAGCUCCCACUGCCCCGACCUCCACCGCAAGCUGGCGGCCUCGGGCUUCCGGGCCACGGACAAGGAGUGGAGGACGGCCUGGUCCGUCCGGGAGGCCGCCGGGCCGGAAGCCGGAGGCACCGAGCCCCUGCCGGCCCUGGGGGCCUUUCUGGUGGCCUAUUUGGUGGUCGGGGCGCUGGACUGGGUGGCCGUCCUGGGGGACACCUGCUCCUCCCUCUUGGGCGGGGACGGGCUCGGCGCGGCCGUGGCCGUCGGMCUCUACCUUUCGCGGCACGUGCUCCUGUACCUCGGCCUGUCCCGCUUUUUGAUCGACUGGGCCGGGGCGGACCGGUGAGAAAGCCAGGAGGCGAGGCGACGCGACGCGACGCCCGCGGCCACCGCCGUUCUCGUUCGUCGGCCGGGACGAACCCACCGGGUCCGCGGCAGCAGCAGAAGCAGCGGAACGACCCCUGCCAAAGAACGACGAUCCUCUCCCCCCCCCCCCUUCCUGCCGCAUCCGAUGCAUCGCCUCUGACCACUCUUCUCGGAACAACGAGUCACCCACAAGCCAACCACGGAACSGAAUCCGGGACGGACGCAACGAGACGAGUCUCGACGAGCAUACGAGUACUGUACCGGGAGAACGAUCUUUUUUGUAUUGUAGAGCAAAGAAAACUUUGUUCGAGAUGAAACUGGUUUGUGACAACGUCGAUGUUGGAACAACGAAAGAAAAACAGUGCAUUCUUGAUCAAGACAGCGGGUUGAAACAAUCCAGGAUUUGCGUUGCUCGACGGAAGAGGAAGAACAAUGAGAGAACAGACUCCUCAAACAACUAGCUAGUACUUCAAAGAAAUCUGGUAACAACUAGUAGUAGUAGUAAUCCUACCAUGCGUCAUURUCAUAUUUGCUACAAAUAGUGCCAAUGCUUUUCGAAGAGGAAUGAUUGCUACUGCAGCAAUGCAACGUACUACUAUCGACACUACUACUACUCGCAAGUUGUUUUACUAGUAGAACUAAGACUACUAGUACUUUACUGCUGUAAUACCARCGCUAGAGUUCUGUACGAGAACGUACGCUACUGAUGAAAGAUUUCAGAUUUCCCAUAAUUUUGAAAGAAUUCCAUAUCCGACUCGAUGUAUUUUGUUCCCGAUUUGCCGUGAAAGAUAUGUUUUGGCACGAAAAACGCAUUUCGCAUUUUCUCACGUUGAACGUAUCAACGAAGURCGUACCUGCAAUUCAACGAGGAACAAACAAUCGAACCUAUCUGGUGUCCCCGGACACAAACCAUUCCCGUUCUCCGAGACAAAGACCUCCGUGCCGGCACAACGCAACAACACAACAACUAAUACCCUUGCCAACCAAGGAACCAAAGGAAAACCGGUCGCACCAGAUUCGCUUCGAUCCAGGCCAGCAUGGCGUGUCAUCGUUCCGUCGCUAGACGACUCGCCGCGUCGAUCCCACUGGUGCUGGUGGUGGCGAUCCUCCGGAGCCGUUCUUGCUCCGCCUUUGGGGUCCUUGCGACCGGGCGCAACGGCGUACAACGCGGCGCCGUUUCGCUCUCGGAGCACACCCUGAACGUGGAAGGGAUCCGGGACGGCGACGACUUUCUAGAGGCGGACGGCCCCAAGGCCCGGCUCCUCGCUGCCAUCGGUGCCCCUGCCGAAACAGCGUGCCCGCCCCGCUUUGGCUUUGGGGACGACAGCGCCGCCAAGGAGGAAAUCGAACAACUGGUCGGGGACGUCUCGGGGUACGUCCUGCCCCUGGAGCACCCGUCGGAGUGGAGGCUCCUGUACACGGGCGCCCCCGACCUCCUGGGCCUGGAGGGGGGCCCGCUCARCCGGCUGGUGUCGAUCCGCCAGGCCAUCCCCGACCGGGAGAAACUGGAGAUCGAGCUCGAGUACGAGCCGUCCGAGGGCAUCCUCGGGCUCGCCGGSUCCUUCCUGGACGGCCUGGGCGAMGACCGGCUGGUCCAGACGGUCMGCUUCGGGUACGGGGUCGGCCCGAUGAACAAGGUCGACCUGGAGCUCUCCGGGACGAGCCUCUCGUCGACCCGCCUGUCGUCGCUGCUCGGGCAGGGGGGGAGCAGCCUUCCCCCGCUCUCCCUUCCCUCCCCGCUGCCCUUUUCUGGAUUUUYCGUCGUCUUCAACGACGGGGACCUCCGCGUCGACCGGACCGUCCAGGGGGACUUCCUCUUGAUCUACCGUCGGGAAAAGUAGACCCUGCCUCGCACCGGUGGUCGGUGCGACACGUGCUGCUGCUCGGAUGGGUAACRCCAUUGGUAACACCAACUUUUGUGCAGUUUACUAUGGUAUAASGAACCGUACAGAACAAAGAGAUUACUCACGG